GAGCUCAGUCCGUGCUGAGCUAAGGCAGGUUGUAGGAACCCAUUCCUUAAGAUAUGAGAUGAGACGGAAAUUCGCAAUAGAGCAUGCUAUGGAGCAGUCAAUUAACCUUUCUGGGACCCGUGGUGAGCAUGAAAAUGGUGGUAAGAACAAUGAUAAUCCUUCGGCACUGGCAAUGCCCCGGCAGAAUGGCCCUGGUUCCUCCGUUGUAUGGCCUAAUAUCCUGAGCCUUUUGUUAAGUUCCAUCAUUUCAUUCAUUCGGAGGCAUUUCUACCUCCGAUGCCGACCCCUGCCAAUGGAUUUCUGACCUCGUAUGCCUCGCUAGGCAGGCUUCGGCCGGAAAGACAAAUUCAGCCGAGCAAAAGGGUUUUCACUUGAGGGAACAAGCUAAACACAUGAAGACCGCUGGUCUUGCCUUCUGGAUUACCGGACGAGCGGGAUAUGAGCGCCGAUCUCUCUUGGCCCACUGAUGUGUGAAGACCCUUCAUUCUUCAUGUCAGACGACAAUUGCCUUUUUGGUUAGGUAUCUUCUGUCGAUUCUUCACGGAAUAUACAUGUCUGCACUCUAGCACGGCAACUCCGG